GGUCAGGCGCGAAGACUAUCCUUUCCUGCGAUCCGGCAUCCAAGGACUCCGUAAUAUAAAGACCCCCCACCCGACUAUAUUCUGGAUGAGUACAACGUGUGGUGCUUGUCACUUCAAGAUGUCGUCGUCCCUUAGGGUGUGCUACAGCUAUUCACAGACAGCUAGUUGUCGAUUCGGCUCCCAGUGCAGGUUUGCGCAUGACGAAGGGUUCAAAAUCACCAAUGGUAUACAGACACCUCUAGACGAUUUUUUUGCAACAUAUCCGGCGUUCGACUACAACUCGUCUGCGUCAGCUUCAUCGGAGUUUCACCGGAUGUGCGGCCAUUUUUGCUGGAAUAAGAAAGACAAAGAGAAAAAAAAAGCUCACCGUGAUUUCAAGGACGCCCUUGUUCAGCAGCUCAACGAGAUAUAUGGCACGGAUGUGAAUAAUCUCAGCUCAUGGCGCAAUUUGUGUCAGAUCGUCCACAUUUCACCGAUUCCUGACACUCUCGAAUCAUGCCGCGAGGCGGUCAAAGCCACUCAUGUCAAUAUUGUUGACUUGAUCGAUACAAAAGUGACCGGGAAGCCAGUGACUAUAUUUGUUUCGGAGGCGAAGCUGAGCGAGUAUACCAAAGCGACGAGAAAGUUCUUUCCGAGAGAUAAUGCACAUGCUGGUGGUCUCUUAAGGUACCUGCUCCGCCGUAUUAUGAACCCUAGACAAGAACAUGCGUCUAGGGGUCAGAAGAUGCAGGCCCGGGGCAGGCGUAGGCGUCACUAGAAUACACGUUCCGAUUCUUAUGUCAUUCUCAUCCGCGGGUUGGAUUGUGCUACAGAAUGCUACAGAGCGGUCUGUAGCAUUCUGUAGUGAAUUACGUUUCCCUGAUGUGCUUACACAUUAGGUGACGUUGUAAAGCUUCUAGUUGGCUUCUCUGUGAUGCAUGAGC